AUGAAAUCAUUUGGGUAUGGAGAACUUGGAUUUUAUAACAUAGCUGUGCUAUUUCUAGUUUAUGGAAUAGGGAGCUUUUUUUCUACAGCUACAAUCAAUAAAAUGGGCAUUAAGUUUGGUCUAGUGGUAGGUGCUAUUUUCAAGUCUCUGUGGGUUUUGGCUUGCAUAGUUCCAGCUUAUGGAUCAUAAUCCUCUGACAAAGACUACUGGCUAUACUCUAGAGAUUUCAUAUACCCCUUUUAACUAAUCAUGUCAGCUAUUUGCGGUAUAGGGAACUCCAUGGUGUGGCCUGCACAAGGAAAAUAUAUUGCAGAUUGUGCUAACGAAGAGACAAAGGGUUUCUUCUAUGGUUAUUUCUGGGCAUUUUAUAUGUCAUCUCAGAUUAUUGGAAAUAUUAUUGGUGCAAGUGUUCUCGGAGCUUAAAACAGUGUAAAUUUUUUCUACAUAAUGGCAAGCCUAGGCUUCUUGGCAUCAUUUCUAUUCAUAUUUCUAAAGAAGCCAUUCCCAACAGAGGCUAGAGUCACAAAUACAAAAGAGGAUACAGAUACAAAUGAACUUAUCUUAAGCUCAUAGAGUAUUAGUCAUGAAUUACUUUAAAUAAAAGCAAAAAGAGGAGUUAUAUAUGAUAUUAAGGCAGUUUGGUAUCUGCUGAUUUCAAAAAGAAUGCUGACGUUGAUUCCCUAGUUAUUAUAUGGAGGUAUAGUUGUAGCUAUAACUACUGGAAUGCUCGUUCCAAUUAUUGUAAAAGGACUAAGUGAAGAUUACACAGAUGAAGAUAAGAAAAGCUAGAUAUCGCUUUUGAUUAUGACUGGAUUAGGCGUUGGUGAGAUCACAGGGGCGUUGAGUAUUGGAUUUAUAAUUGAUAAACUUGGAAGUAAAAUGACAUGUCUGAUUAAUGUAGGAUUAUGUAUUGCUAGUGUGAUAAUUGCCUUAAUUGUGCUUAAUGUGAAAUCUACUAUCCCAUUAUCCUGUGUAUUGACAUUUUUCUGGGGAUUCCAUGAUGGAUCGCUAUCCUCGCAUACUUCUGAAAUGCUUGGAUUUUAAUUUGAUACUAAGAUGGAGCCAUUCUCUAUUUACAAUCUAAAUAAGAGCAUCAUGGUCUUUAUUUUUUCAAUUAUCCAGAGUUUUGUAAAUGAAUCUGAUAUUGCUAUGAACUUCUACUUUGGAGCUGUUGGAAUACUUGGAUUCAUAAUGUGUUUUAAUACCUAUUUUUUCGAUUUCAAAACUAGAUCUAACUCAAGGUAAAUCAUGAAGUAAUGA